AUGGUGCUCAUACAUGUCAAGACUACCGACGAGAAAAAUCAAUUUCUUUUCGAGACCCAGGCAGCUGUGCGGGUCAACGAGCUCCGAGAAGAACUCGUCGACCUGUACAACCUUAGGUUACAAACCCUUCAGCUCGCCGAUGCAUGCAAGGGCCUCGCAGCACAUGGGCCGUUGAGGCCCGAAGAAACGCGGGGCCUCACCGCUGAGGUGGCAAAACUGUCAGAUUUGGAUGUAUACGCGUACGGGCAGCCAACAAAUCCCGAUCCAACAGGCUACAGAACCGGAGUGCAGCCUCCGCCAGAGACGGUGGAAAUCUUGGAAGAGACGGCAACAAGGUCGGCCGAAACUGUGUCACACCUGAAGGUUCAGUCGAAGGAGCCUCUGACGACGAGAGCUGUCAGAUCCGCUUUUGAGAAUCUUAGAGGGGCAGUUAUGAUAGCGUACCCGGGGUUUCAUGAUCUUCCUGAGUGGGACCCCGCUCGCAUUUUGCUUGAGCAAGAAGAGACGGGCAACACUUUGGAGCCGUUUGACAAAGAGAAGACAGCUCUAUGGUGGGCAGGCAAGGAACUGCAGAACGACAAGGUGCUCUCGCAUUACGUUGGCAAGAACGAGAAGACAAAAAUCAUUGCUCGUCUCCAGCCAAAGGCAGCAGGAGCCCCAAUUCGCGAACCGCGUAUCGACGCUGAAACUCAUAAAGCCAUGCUAGCCUACUGCCACAAGAAACGACGAGACGAGCAGGAGCUUGAAGAUGACGACGAUGAUUCUUAUCUCGGCAGUGAGUGGGCGAAUCCACGAGGACUCAAAAAUGCCCUUGUCGGAGGUGGCCGGGAGAUUCGCUGGAGGCCGUAG